AUGUAUUAUGUAAUUCCUCUUGUUGUGAGCACACGGAUUGCACGCACGCACACGCAAGUGCACGUACGUGCGCACACACUAAGUAAAGAGAAAAUCGUGCCCCUAACACAAAAUUUUGGCGCUGUUGGUGAUGGAAAAACCCUUAACACAAAGGCAUUUAACUCUGCAAUAACCAAACUUAGCCAAUAUGCAAAUGAUGGUGGCGCAACGCUUAUUGUUCCGCCAGGUAAAUGGUUAACCGGAAGCUUCAAUCUCACAAGCCAUUUCACUUUUUUUCUCCAAAAGGAUGCUGUCAUUCUUGCAUCUCAGAAUGAAGCAGAUUGGCCUCAACUUCCUGUUUUACCCUCUUAUGGAAGAGGAAGAGAUGCACCAGCCGGAAGAUAUAGUAGUCUCAUUUUCGGAACUCAUCUCACUGAUGUUAUAAUUACCGGUAAUAAUUUGACAAUUGAUGGACAAGGAUCUGUUUGGUGGGAGAAGUUCAAAAAGGGUGAAAUGAAACUUACUAGACCAUACAUGAUUGAACUCAUGUACUCUGAUCAAAUCCAAAUCUCAAAUCUCAAUUUGAUCAAUUCCCCUUAUUGGUUUGUCCAUCCAAAUCUCAAAUCUCAAUUUGAUCAAUUCCCCUUAAUACAACAACUUUGCAACUACUAA